AUGCGUCCUGCUACCGGUAGUGAGGUUAUGUGCCGUACGGUCGUGAAAUGGCAGCAUUCAGUGGGAAAUAAUCGUAACCACAGCAACGGUAGUGCAUUGCCUAGCAACGACACCGACAACUACGACAGCUGCAGCAUCCGUACCGGCAGUAGCAGCAACAGCAGUCGCAUACGACAACGUUCCAGCAGCACCACACGGUGGAGCCUAAUCGUAUGCAUGACGAUGGCGCUGUUUUCGCUAAUGUUUACAAAAUGUUAUGCCAGCCAAGCCCUUGAGUUUACGGUGGAACCUUCGGAUGUGAUGGUGCCCGAGGGCAAUUCGGUGAUGUUGCAGUGUGCAGGUUUGGCCGACCGAAAGGUGCUGCAGGAUGGCAAAACGGCACCGAACAUUCGGUGGCGUGGUCCCGACGGACAGGACAUCGGUAUCGUUGGAGAUACGUUCCGGUCGCAGCUGACCAACGGGUCGCUGUACAUCAGCUCGGUCGAAAGCAACCGAGGGUUGACCGGAUUCUACCACUGUCUGCUGAGUGUGGAUGGUAUCGGGACGAUCGUGAGCAGAUCCGCUCGCGUUACGAUAGCAGAUCUUCCCGACAUUAAUCAGGACUCGCACGAGAUCUACCUGUACGCUGGCCAGACAGCCUACUUCAAAUGCAUGUCCAGCCUGUUGCCUUUCAGUGUUGAAUCGCGCUACCACACCGAGUGGCUGAAGGACGAUCUACCUCUGCGCAUGGAUCUCACACGCAUGCUGUUGCUCCCGUCCGGUGCGCUAGAGAUCGACGAAGUCGUCCCGGCCGAUCGCGGGACGUACCAGUGCAACGUGACUGCAGGCACAUUUUCGCGCCUAAGCAGCAAGUCAAACCUCAACAUCAAGUCUACCGCGGGGCAGCCGCAAAGUUUCGCCCCACCCGCUUUCGUGAUCGUACCCCAACCGCAAACGGUGCGCGAAGGAGACACCGUCAUCCUGGACUGUGCCGCUAAUGGCAACCCAAAGCCGACGAUCCGUUGGUUGCGAAACGGCGAGGACAUCGACUUGAACGACCUGGACUCACGGUUCCGCAUCAUGGGCACGGGUUCGCUGCAGAUCUACUCCAUCCAGGACACGGAUGCCGGUGACUACCAGUGCCGGGCGAGUAACACCGAGGAUUCGCUCGAUGCUUCGGCCACGGUGCAGGUGCAAGUGCCACCGAAGUUCAUCCACAGCCCCGAGGACAAGGUCGCGUACGAGAAGGAAGAGCUCGAGCUGGCUUGCUCCAUCCACGGCAAACCGACGCCCGUGAUCCAGUGGCUCAAGAACGGCGACCUGAUCACGCCCAGCGAGUACAUGCAGAUCGUUGGCGGCCACAAUUUGAAAAUCUUCGGCCUGAUCAGCUCGGACGCGGGCAUGUUCCAGUGCAUCGGCACGAACCCGGCCGGAAGUGUGCAGGCCGCAGCCCGGCUGGAAAUAAUCGAACCAGGUUCACCGAAACGACACAAGGGUAAAAAGUUUCAGCAGACGCAAUCGAAAACGAAAUCGUACGAAAAGUCGCCACUGUUGCUGCAGUCCGACCCGAAACUAUCGAAGUCGGUCCUGGACAGCCUGGUGUCGCGAACGAAGGAACGGCCCAACGUCAACCGGCAUCAGUUCCAGUACAAUGAGUACACCGACGAUGACUACGCCGAUCACGACCGCAUGCUCGAUAGUGACCACGACGAGGACGGUGACGAUGACGAGGAGGACGAGGACGAUGACGAUGAGGAGGAGGGUAAAAUCUACCCCCUGCGACCGAACGAGGACCCGAACAAACUCUACCAAUCGCUGACCGGUUCAAAGUCCCGGGAGGAUGGUGAGGUUGGCCAUUUUUCUAAUCAGAAGUCUCCCGUUAACCCUGUCACACGGAAACACUCCAAACCGCUCGUAGACGGAAAUGGUAAGUUUACGGCACCGCUUCCGGGACCUGCCCGGGCUCUGCAGGCCCAGAUAGUGCAGUCGCGCUUCAUCACGCUGAACUGGUUGGAACCGACGAAAAAUCCGGACGAGGUUAUCUCCUACUCGGUGUACUAUCGGAUGCACACAAGCGAUAGGGAGCGGAAGAUAACGACGAAGUCACGCGACGAACAGGAAGUGAACAUUCAAUCGCUACAACCCGGUAAAAACUACCACUUCCGAGUGGUGGGUAACAGCAACCACGGCCCCGGUGAAUCCUCGGAAACGCUGGAAGUGCGAACGCUAUCCGAAGAGAAUAUUGCGGGCUCUCCGCAGAAUUUGCGCGGCUACGCCAUUACCGAGAAGGACAUCCAUCUACAGUGGGACCCGCCGAUCGUAACGAACGGGCUGAUCUCGAAGUACCGAGUGUACUACACCGAAACCGAAAACGGAGCUGAGUUGUAUUCAGACACCACGACGACGGAGAUUAUUAUCAACGAGCUGCGACCGUACACCAAGUACACGAUGUACGUCGUCCCGUUCAACCACGUGGGCAUGGGCGAUCCGUCCUACGAACUCGACGUUAAGACUUACUCGUCAACGCCUUCGGAACCACCCGCAAAUGUGACGCUGGAAACGACAAGUGCCACGACGAUCGCGAUCCGUUGGGAACCACCGGCGGUGGAGGAUCGCAACGGGCAGAUUACGGGAUAUAAGAUCAAGUAUCGGAAGAACAAAAAACCACUGCAGGUGGAGACUACCUCAGCAAACGUGCGCUACUACAUACUGAAGAACCUCGAGAAGAUGUCCGUAUAUCAGGUGAAGAUCGCUGCCAUGACGGUUAAUGGGACAGGACCGUUCACCGAGUGGCAUCACAUGGAGACGUAUGAAAAUGAUCUAGACGAAUCGCAAGUUCCCGGCCAGCCAGCUUGGCUAAGAACCCGGCCCGGUGCCGACAACAUAACGGUUUCGUGGAACCCUCCGGUGCAUCAGGAUAUUAAGGUGCGAAGCUACAUCCUCGGUUGGGGUAAAGGCAUCCCAGACGAAGAUACGGCGGAGAUUGAGGAAAGGAUGCGCUCGUUCGAGAUUACCAAUCUGGAACCGAACAGCGAGUAUGUCAUAUCUCUCCGCGCUCGCAACGCCAUGGGAGAUGGUGCGCCCAAGUAUGACACCGUGCGUACACGAGAGGACGCACCGACCGAAGCUCCGACUCCUCUGGAGGUGCCGGUAGGCUUACGGGCCAUUCCAAUGUCGGGAACGUCCAUCGUAGUAUACUGGACGGAUACGACGCUCAGCAAGAGCCAGCACGUGACAGACAACCGGUACUACGUUGUACGGUAUAGCUCGAAUGGAUCGAAUCGGUUUCGGUACCACAAUACGACCGUCUUGAGCGGAUUAAUCGGUGAUUUGCGACCCAACACGCAGUACGAAUUCGCCGUGAAGGUAGUCAAAGGACAACGGCAGUCCGCGUGGUCCAUGUCGGUGUUGAAUUCCACCCAGCAAGCCUCACCCGUGUCCCCGCCCAGAAACCUAGAAGUGACGCACGAUCCGCGCAAUCCUCUCACCGCGAUUUUGAGCUGGUUGUCGCCAAGGCACAUAAGCGGUACGAUUGUCGGCUACCAGGUGUUGUACACGAUCAACACCACCAAACGCGAUCGAGAUUGGAACAUCGAAUCGACGACUGGUGAAGAGACGUCUGUGGAAAUUCCUCACCUCGAAGCACACACAACAUAUUACUUCAAGGUGCAGACACGUCACUCAAAGGGAUUGGGUCCGUUUUCGGCCAUGGUAUCAAUGACGACCGGCGACGAGGUCGAUUCGAGCGGGAACCUCACGCUUGAGAAGCCCUUUUCUAACGAAUUGAUCUACGUCAUCGCCGGUUUCGGCGGGCUGCUGAUCGUCGUAGUGUUUACAAUCACGAUAGUGAAGUGUCGCAGUAAGGGCCCAGAGGGUACUCCUGAGCACGCGAAGAAAAGCUACCAGAAAAACAACGCGGGAAUCAUUAAACCGCCGGACUUGUGGAUACACCACGAUCAGAUGGAGCUGAAGAAUCUGGACAAGGGCAAUCACAGUACGACGCCCGGUUCGGUGGAUGGAGGCGCUUCGAGCAGUGGGACAAUGACGCUUCCUCGAUCAGUGGGCGGACAUGAUUAUGACAGCGAAACGCCUAUCACGCACGUCACCAAUUCGCUCGAUAAGCGAAGCUACCUGCCUGGUUACAAUGGAACUACGACACCGCUCAGCUCUACGAUGGAGCGACCGCAGUAUCCCCGCACGCAGUACAGCAUGGCUGCUAGACCUCAUAUAGCGAUGGAUCAGCAAACGCUCUCGCAGCAAAACCUUCUCCAGCAGCCUCCGCAGCUACCGCCUGCCAAUCCGCUUGCACAAACGCCGGAAAAUCCGUACACUUACGACAGUAGUUACAGCCCAAAUAUUACCUACGCACAAGGUAUAACGGUUGACGCCCCAAAACGUGGCCAGGGACAUCCACUGAAAAGCUUCAGCGUACCUGCACCACCUGCCUCUACUCCGAUCAUAAGUGGUCAAAUCAAACAUGGCACUCCGACGCCUGCCGUCACGAUACGUCCACAGAAUUCGUCUCCUUACAAGAAACCCUCGCUCUCAUCCGGUUCGCUCACCAAUCGGCUGCAGACCGGUCCGGUGGUAGCGCACUCGAACGACGAAAUCCAGCGGCUGGCUCCGUCCACCUCCACCGAGGAGCUCAAUCAGGAGAUGGCCAACUUGGAGGGACUAAUGAAGGAUCUGAGUGCAAUAACAGCGAACGAGUUCGAGUGCUAG